GGGCAUGUUUCAACUGUGACCAGCAUGGUCACUGGUCUGGGGAGUGCCCAAAUCCGCGGAGGAUGGGGUAUCGUCCGGCGGUUGCUACCGGGGCUAAUGCAGAGCCCAUCUUGGCUUGGCCUGCAGCAGGGACUGUGGCUUCAACGAAUGUGGCUACGGCUCCGGCUGAGACAUCGUACGGGGCUGCACCUCGCACCGGGUGGUGGACCAGGAACCAGCAGAUCCUGGAUAAGUGCAACGCCUUUGUGAGUAAGGCACAACAAAAGGAAAGAGAGGAGUUUGAGGCGAAGGACGCUGAGAGGAAAAAGCGAGAGAAAGAGGAGGAGGUGGCAUUAAGGAAAAAAGAGCGAGAAGAGCUGGAAAACUCUAUGGAGGUGGAGUUACUCAAACAAAAGCGGGCCGAUGCUAAAGCGAAGCGUAUCGAAGCCGAGGCGGAACUGCAGAAACUGAAGGAGCAAAUGGGUCGAUUAACAACGGAGGUUGGGGGAGGCAGUACACCGAGAGGACAAGGUACGAAUCUUAAAGAGAAGAUGGAUGAGGCGGCGAGGACUGGUCUUCGGACGGGAAGGAAGGGCAAGGUGAAGAUGACUGCUGGCCGAUUGCCCCGGCCCGACGGAAGUGCACAAAAGGCUAACGAUCGGUUCAUUCUUCUCCAAGACGAACGGAAGCGUUUGAAAGGUUUGAAAAAGGCUGCCCUGGAGACACUAUGCGAAGAGGAAGGUUUGCGAUACAAGACUAUCGAGGCGACUGCGGAAGAACUUGCGCAGCUUUAUUUAAUCAGGAUGUUUGACCAGGAAGGAGAGAAAAAGGACGUAGGGGACACGGAACGAAGGUGUGGGAAGCAAGCUGUUGAGGAAGGUGAUGUUGGAAUGAACUUCAAUUUGAAAAGUAUGGCUGAGCUGGCACCUGCUUUAAAGCAGAUUAACAGGCAGUUGAAGAAGGGGGAAUUUUUUGUAAAUGCAGCAUUCGACAUCAAGGAAAUGUUUUGUAAUUUGCCGCACAAAUCUAUCAUGAAGGCGGUGAGGUGGGUUGUGGAUUUUUGGGCGAUUAGGGGUUGUAAAGGGGUUAUGGUUAAGACAAGGGGAAAGGGGGCAAAGCUGAGAUUUGGAAGGACUGAGGUUGGUUGGAACUCGAUAUCUCUGGAUAUGGUGGUUAGCUUUGUUUCCUUUGAGCUUGAUGCAACUUACUUCAAAGUCUGCGGGCAAGUGCUGCAGCAAGUGGUGGGGAUUCCCAUGGGAAAGGCGUCCAGCCCGGCCUUGGCCUGCCUCCUUUGUACUUACAACGAAUUCAUGUUUCUGACAUCACUGGGUUGCGACCAACAACUGGUAAGCGGUCUGCGUAUGGUGGAUGAUGUGUCCGUUAUGAUCCGCUGCAAGGUUGAGGAUGUUUGCUCUCUGCCCAAGGCCAGGGAGAUCAUGGAUGCAUUUAGGACAUGCUAUGAUGAUAACCUUGUUUUGGAGCAGACCAAUGGAAGCGAUUGCUGGGAUUUUCUAGGCUGUGUGAUAAAGGCGUUGGAUUGGCCUUGGGGAUUGCAGUGCGUGGCUUUGCACAAAAACCAACGGAGUUAUAAGGAGAAGGGGGUUAAAUUUCAGAAUUUGCAAGACUUUGACUCUUACUCGAGCAAGCAGCAGAAAAUGGCUAUUAUUGGGUCUUGCCUGCAUCGAGCGAGGAUGUACACCACCAUGAGUGGGAUGGAGGUGGCUUUCCUACUUACCUUGAAGAUCGAACUCCGAAAAAGGGGGUUCCCGGACGAAUAUUUUGAUCAUCGUCUGAUGGCAUUUUCCAGGAAAUUUGGGGGAGUGUGGGACGAUUGGGUGGGUGUAUUGACCGGAUGGAGGAAGCCGAUGCUCGGGAAUGUGCGGGCACAAGGGCUGGGCGGUGGCCUUCGUGAUUUGGGGGCAAAAGCUGGGGCAGGGAUAGAGCCUCUCAAGGUCGAAAAGGCCGGUUCCCGAGACUGUGUGAGUACGAGGGAAAGUGGUCUGUCGGAGGCUUAGGCCGUGGUCUCGGUCUGGGGUGAGUGCCUCUUCGGGGGCUGUGAAUGUUAACAGUA